AUGGUGACAUGCGUGGCACUGGAACAGUCGCUGAGUUACGUCCUCAUGCCCAGGCAGCAGGUCAAGAAUAAGUAUGGUCCUCACCCCUCAUCAAGGAAACUUCUCUUUACCUCAGAAAACCGUCACCGAUUUUUCAGAGUUCAGGCUGAGGCAGUGGCAGCUGAGAGCAAGCCCUUGACUCUGAGCUGCAACCACAGCAUCCAAAGGGGCCAAUUAAGUCGCUAUGGUCUAAAGCCUUUGAGGCCCAAGGUAAGAACAGAGUUGCCAUUCAAUAAAUAUCAGUCAGGAGAUGGUGAAGUCCUCCUGAAGGUGACAGCCAGUCCCCUAAACAGGGCGGACACACUCCAGUACCCAGGGAUUCCAAGGUCAAUCCAGAACAGACUCCAGAGAUCAACCUUUGUUUUCAGUAAAAACCAAAUAAACUCGCUGGCUCGGAACGAAAGUUACAAUCCAAUCCAACUGAGCAAGCAUGUUUCACCCCCAGGAGCCAGGAGCCUUUAGGAAUUUGAGGCACUGGGACAUGUGGCUGAGCUGGGGUCUGGCUGCUAGGGACACUGGAAGACUGGAGAUCUGGCCAUGGCCCAGCUGCCUGAUGGAAGCCUCAUUGUCCCUAAAGAUCUCCUUGAGCCUAUCCCAGACUGAAUGUCUCAAGCUGCAGCCAUUGCAGAGGUCUGGAUUACCACCCUUCAGAUGUUACUUCUUGUAGGCCAAGUUCAGGCUGGAGGCUCUGUGCUGCUCCAUAGAGGAUCAAGUGGAGUGGGCACAGCUGUCAUCCAUCUGGCUUGGAGUGCUGGCACUAUUCCUCCAGUUCAAGCUGGCUUGCAGCAUAAACUUCAAAAGGCAGGGAAGCUUGUGGCUGCAGCUGGACUCAGUUACAGGGGAGGUUUUUCUGAAGGAACUCUAAGAUUCACUGAAGAUUGGGAGAAUGUCAACUGCCUGGUUCCUGAGGGUGGCCAAGUUUUCUGUGGUUUAAUAGGAGAAGCUGUCGAUAGUCUUAGUGUCCUGUUUUUAAAACUACUUUUGAAACGAGGAAGUCCUAUCACUAGUUUGCUGCAAUCUAGGGAUAAGUACAAACAAACACUGGUGGAAACUUUCACCGAGCAGAUUCUGCCCUUCUCUACGGACAGCCCCCAAAGUCUGCUGCCGGUUCGAAGAGUCUAGCCAGCAACUGAUAUUCAUGUGGAAUAUGUGGACGCUAACAGGAACGUGGGUAAAAUCGUCUUGGAGCUGCCCCAAGGAGGACCUCAGAGCAAACUUGGGAGUGGGCUCUCUUCCCAAGUCUGCUCCUGUAAAGCUGGUCUAAGGAAAUAA